UCAGAACCUGCACCAGUGCCCCGAGGGCAGGCAGUCCCCGAGCUGCAGGGCCCCGCCGGGGCUGCCGUUGUUUUUGGCUCUGGCAGAGAAUGAAUGACCCGGCUCCGCCUGCAAAUAUCUGCUGUCUGCGGUGCAUCUCUGCGGGACGGAUCUGCUGCGAGCAGGGCGCCGCGGCCAGUUGCCCCCCGGUCCCUGGGGCUGCAGCGCGCCGCUGAGUGGAGGCAUUAGGCGCCCGCUUGCAGGAGCGCGGGGGGGGGGGGGGGGGCGCGGUCCCCGCCGAUCGCGGAUCCCGGGAUUCUCCGCCCGCCGGCUCGCGCGGGCCCCACCCCCUCCCGUGUCCAUGGUAACGGGCCGUACACACGGGCACGCGGCAUGAUCUGGGAGUGGGAGCUGACAGCUGUGCAGAAGCGAAACUCGUUUGGAUCAUGUCAAGGGAGGAAAAUUUUCCCCUUUCACCAUGCCCCAGACAGAUUGGGGAACCAGCUGGUCCCCAUCCUUGGGGACCCCUAUCGUGGGCCCGGGAGUUACGACAAUGAAGAGAGGAGUAGCAUGGUAUAUGCCUUGACUCAUAAACCAGAGAGCAUCAAAGGUUACGUACUGGGAGCAAGAACAUCCCUACGUUUCCCACCAGAUUGCAAGACUGAGACUCCUGGCCCUGGAACACACCAAUCAGCAUGGGGCAAAGACCGAAAGUUCCAGCCUGCCUACGCCCCAUUUUCCGUCAAGUCAUCACGAUUUCCACAGAAGGCUCUGGAUAGAGAGCUUUUCCCUGGACCUGGAACUUAUGAAGCAGACAAGCUGCCACAUAAGAAAAUCACCUGGCCAAUGAAGUUUGGGUCUCCAGAUUGGUCUUUAGUACCAAUGCCGGAGAGGAGGACUCUGAGAACAGAGCUGAUUACAGAUAAAGAAUUCAGGAAACAUCGGAAUCGAUUGGCCUACUUGAGCUUAUACUACAGCUGAAUAGUUCUACCCAUCAGAGAGUAUCUUUUCCUUUCCAAUUAAGCUUCUCAGUUCUGUUUUUAGCGGUACCAAGAAUCAGGGUGUAUACUAUGCUAUGUAUGCUCUGCUAUGCUACUCUGACUCCAAAAUCAGGCUGCUUCAUAAAGAACUAAUCAGUGUUUA